AUGAUUCAACGUCACGCCCCUGUUCCCCAGAAGGCGAAGGCGCCGAUUCUUCGGCAAACGGCUAUGUCCGCGCCGGUCUCUCCGGCUGUCACACCUCCAGCCACAUUUGACAAGAGUGAUCCUCGUCUUCCGUCGCUGUUGGAUUCUCUUCUUGAGGACUGUGUUUUGCAAUCGUUGGAUCCCAAACUUCUUUGUCGACCCCGAGCGGAGUACGUCAAACUGUUCCACAAGUUUUUGAUGGACAGGCACUGCCACGAAAACCUCUCCUUCCUUAUAGAGAUAUUCCGCUACAAGUACUUUUAUGACCAAAUCAGUUCGCAGUCACCGCUGUUGUUUGACGACUCCAAGCCACAACGAUCGUUGUUCAAGCAAAGCUUCCUUAACCAGUCGCUCGACGAGUCCAUCGAAAGCAUUCCAUUCCCAUCGCACACGAUUCGCCGGGCUGCUCGUCGACUUUCCCACUCUCGCAGCAAUUCUGUCGUGACAAAUCUGGGCACAAGCUCGCCGUUUCCAUUCGAGUUUGAGGAUGACACAAACCUGUCUUCUGCGAAUGCGUGGGACGCUUUAAAAGAAAGUUAUCUUGCUGAUGAUGAUGAUUCUAGUCUUUCUUCAUCAUCAUCAUCUUUGAAAUCAUGUUCUUCCACGGAAAAGGAGCUUCUCCUUCGAGAUCAGUGGCAUAUGAUUGUUUCGCGUUUUAUUAUAGCCAGCUCGCCGGAGCAAGUCAACAUUUGCGCCUCGACAGAGCAAGAGAUCCUAAAUGCCAAUGAGGACUCCAUUGUUCAUCCAUCAGUUCUUGAAAAUGCCAAGCAUGAAGUGGUCGAGCUUCUUCGUGAAAAUGCGUAUGGUGCAUUCAUUCGGUCCCAGGCUCCGACUUCAUGCUCUUGCUCCUCGGCUAUGGCCUCCUUGGGUGGCUCAAACGGCGGGAAAAGAGAUCCUCAUUCAAACCCUCGAAAAGAAAUCGACCCUAGCACAUUAAGGGACAAUGUUUGUCUGCCUCUCGCCUCAUCUGCCAUCAGUGGCUUAGGUUGGACUUCUCGCCAAUCGAAAUCUAAUACAGCAUCUCCCCCAACACAUACCAAGAAAAAAAACAAGCUUCUUUCGCAUUUGAGCGGCUCUUUCGAAGAUGUUUCCAGCUCGAGUCUGUCACUUUCGGGACUCAUGAAUCAUUUUAAGCAUCAUAGCAAAAGCGCUAAUUCACCUCCUCCGCAAGCGUCUAAUGUGAAGUCAGAUUCUUCAGCCUCGAAUAGUGAAGACGAUAGUCCUGUUCUUCUGAGAGAACCCAUCCAGAGUCCGUCUUUACUUGACAAGUUGUUGAAGAAAAAACGGACACCAUAG